AUGCCGUUUGUGAACCCGUUUGCGAAGGAGCAAAAGUCCUUUCCUGGAGUCCUAAUACCACUGUCCGGUGGCUCGCCAACAAGUAAAAUCCCAGCGAAAAAGAAAUCCGUAGGUGGCACCUUUGACGAAGAGGGUGCCGCCAGCCCCCCACCGGAAUAUGAGACCGAAUUAACACUCGAGGCUCUGAGAGCUGAGGUUGAGGCUGCUGUUGUCUCCACCGGCCAGGACACUGCAUACGAUAGAAAAUCUAUGGUCAUUAAUAGAGCAGUUCAAGAUAUUGGAAUGGGCCGCUAUCAAUGGCAAUUGUUUGUCUUGUGCGGAUUUGGCUGGUUUGCAGACAAUUUAUGGCUUCAAGGUGUUGCCCUUACAUUGCCGAAACUGUCUCUCGAAUUUGGUGUUAGCGAAUCUCAUGUUCGAUUCACAACUUGUGCUCUGUUCAUUGGCCUUUGCCUUGGAUCAAUCAUCUGGGGAACCGCUUCUGACAUCAUUGGACGUCGCCUUGCUUUCAAUAUGACUCUCUUUCUAUGCGGCGUUUUUGGAAUUGCAGUUGGUGGUAGCCCAACUUGGAUCGGUGUCUGUGCUAUGUUUGCGUGUCUCGGUCUAGGUGUAGGUGGAAAUCUACCUGUUGAUGGCGCCUUGUUCCUUGAAUUUCUCCCCUUCGCGUCUGGAAACCUCCUGACUAUGCUCAGUGUAUGGUGGCCUGUUGGUCAAUUGGUUGCCAGUCUUAUCGCAUGGGGUCUUGUACCAAAGUAUACUUGUGCUGAAGGUCUACCUUCCUGCCACCUUGCGCCUGCUCCAUGCUGUGCUAAGGAAGACAAUAUGGGAUGGCGAUACUUAACUUAUAUCCUCGGCGUCCUUACAUUCCUUAUGUUCUUGUCUCGUUUCUUCCUAUUCCACCUCUUUGAAUCCCCCAAAUUCCUUCUCUCUCGUGGACGUCAGGAAGACGCUGUUGCCGCUAUUGGAGGACAUCCAGAUGAAGUACAAAGCCAGAAGCUGAGCACUGCCGAGAUCAUCAAGAGACAGCUGAACAAAUUCUCUGGAGAACGUAUCUCCCCGCUCUUCGCAACCAAGAGCCUUGGAUUUACCACCGUCCUUCUGUGGUUUUGCUGGGCGACUAUUGGAAUGGGUUACCCUCUUUUCAAUGCUUUCUUGCCACAAUAUCUUUCUCAGGGUGGUGGUGACAAAUAUCCACCCCCAACCACCUAUACCGUAUACCGUGACUAUGCCAUUACUUCCAUUGUUGGCGUCCCUGGCUCCCUGAUUGCCUGCUACACCGUUGACAUCCCUUAUAUUGGACGUAAGGGUACUAUGGCCAUUUCUACCAUGAUCACGGGAGUUAUCCUUUUCUGCUUCACGAUAUCGCCUGACCCCAAAGUCCGUCUGGCAUGUACCUGUCUCGAGGCCUUCUUCCAAAAUAUCAUGUACGGCGUUUUAUACGCCUACACCCCUGAAGUUUUCCCAGCACCCAAUCGUGGUACCGGAACUGGUAUCGCCAGUUGCCUUAACCGUAUCUGCGGGCUACUGGCACCUAUUGUUGCCAUCUACGGUGGUGAUGCAAACCCUAAGGCACCUGUGUAUGCAUCUGGCGGCCUUAUGUUGGCUGCAUUUGUGGCUAUGAUACUACUUCCAAUCGAGACUAGAGGCAAAGCAUCUCUCUGA